GCUUAGUGAUCUGAUGGGGGUGGAGGGAGGGAGGAGGAAGGGCCCUCCCCUUGCUGGCUCCCCCUCCCCUAGGGACUCCCCCUCCCUUUCCAGGAGGGAUAUAAGCACAGGGUAAGCUCUGAGCGGGAGGCCCCAGCCCGACCUGCAGCAGUGCAGCCCUUGGGACUCCCCUUUGUCUUCACCUUCUGCUCAUCUCGCUUCUGGAGCUAUUGCUAUGGUGACGGUGCGUAGGUCGUGGCCUGCUAUGGCCACAGUGCUCCUGGCUCUGCUCGCUUGCCUGGGGAUGCUGGUCGACGCCUAUCCCAUCAAACCCGAGGCUCCGGGCGAAGAUGCCUCCCCUGAGGAGCUGAACCGCUAUUACACCUCCCUGCGCCACUACCUCAACUUGGUCACCCGGCAGCGGUAUGGGAAACGUGACAGCCCGGAAGCUCUCCUUUCCAAACUGCUCCUUCCCGACGGCGAAGACCGCCUGGUCAGCAGGUCAGAGGGCGCCGACAGGUGGUGAUGACCCCCAAGGCCUCCUGGGAGUUAUGCUAACUGAACGACCUUAUUUGCAUAUUGGCUUCUGAUCGCGGAACCUGGAUUCCCCUCCCAACUCCUCUGCGACUGGGGAGGGUUGAGGGUGAGCCCCUCCGCUCAUUUCUCUGGCCUGGCCUCCUGCUUUGGAGGACUGUGUGUGGUCCUUCCCUGGUCCCAAAAUA